AUGGUAGAAGUUGAGGAAAUCGGAGUGAAGUGUAACAAUUUGGAAUGUAAUCAGAUUCAGUUUUUAUCUUUUGAAUGUUUAAUUUGCGGAAAGAAAUUUUGUAUAGAACAUGUAGGUUUUGGAAAGCAUAUAUGUAAGAACGAAGGAGAGGAUGCAAGGCAAUUUACUAGCUUUGAGAGAAGACUUGUGGAGGAAAAAGGAGAAAAGGUUUCAGUAAAUUGUUCAAUAGAAGGCUGCUCGAAAGUUGGAGUAACAUGCCGAAAAUGUGAUAAAAUGUUAUGCUCGGAGCAUAUUUAUGAAUCUGAACAUGAAUGUGUGGUAAAGAGCAGAAUUAUAAUAGCCAAGGGAAGGGCACAAGACCUAAGAAGAAGGUAUUCGGGCGGAGAAAUAUUGAGUGGAUCAAAGCUUCCUGAGGACAACAAAUCAAGCAAGAUUUUGAGAAAAAUAAUGAUAAAAUCAAAAAGUAUUGGAGACUCAAGUAUUCCAGUGAGAAAUAGAGUUGCUGUAGCCUUGUAUGUAGGCAGGGAUGUGGAAUGCUUAAAAUAUGUAAAUAAAGAGCUACCAAUAUGUAUUUGGUUGAAUGGGGAAAAAACAGUUGGGUGGAAUUUGGACUAUAUUUCAGAGAGAUUAAAGGUAUUGCGUGAAGGAAGUAAUUCCGAUACGGUUAAAGAUAAAAUUAAGAUUAAUUUUUCUGGGCUGAUAUUGUAUAAAAACAAAGAUAUUUAUGGGAAGGAGUUUUCGGAAAAGAAAGCUUUGGAAAUGAGUGCAGAAUUUGGAAAACAUGUUCUAGAUGGGGAAUCCUUGCUUCUUGACUAUGGGUUUAUUUGA